AUGGCCCCGGUUGCUAACUCAACCUCUGAUGCUGCCCGCACCUCCGCGUCGCAUUCCGUAAACCCAACAGCCCAGCGCCACGAGGAUUUUCAAACGAUCCGCGUUGCCUCUGAUCGCCUGCACUACUCGGAUGAGUACAUAACGGCACAGUAUGAGUACUUGAACACACACGUCGAGCGUAAGAUGGACCUGCAAGGCGAGGAGCUUGUCGCGACCCCUUACAAGCAGGAAUUUGAGUUCCGUACCUCCCGCAAGGUCCCCAAGACCGGUCUCAUGCUCGUGGGCCUGGGCGGUAACAAUGGUACAACCAUUUCUGCCACUAUUCUGGCAAACCGACACAACAUUCAGUGGCACAACAAGGAUGGUCUGCAGGUUCCCAACUAUUAUGGCUCUCUCGUGCGUGCUUCUACCAUUCGCCUGGGUAGUGACGCCUCAACUGGGAAGGAUGUUUGGGUGCCUUUUAGCAAUGUUCUGCCGAUGGUCCAUCCGAACGACCUGGUCAUUGGUGGUUGGGAUAUCAGCAGUCUCCCUAUGGACGAGGCUAUGGCACGCGCGAAGGUGCUAGACUACGACUUGCAGCGCCAGCUUACUCCAUAUAUGGCGGAGAUCAAGCCGCUGCCGUCCGUCUACUACCCCGACUUUAUCGCUUCCAAUCAGGAGGAGCGUGCGGAUAACGUUAUUCCUGGCCAGGAAAAGAAGGCACAUGUCGAGCACCUGCGCAAUGACAUUCGGCAAUUCAAGAGCCAACACGGCCUUGACCAAGUCAUUGUGGUUUGGACUGCCAACACGGAGCGCUACUCAGACAUUUUGCCUGGCGUGAACGAUACGGCUGACAACCUGCUCCGCGCCGUUGAGACAAACCAUGAGGAAGUCUCUCCUUCAACGAUUUUCGCGAUUGCCUGCAUUCUUGAGGGUGUUCCUUAUGUGAAUGGCGCUCCUCAGAACACCUUCGUGCCCGGUGCGAUUGAACUGGCGGAGCGUUAUCAGGCCUUUAUUGGCGGUGAUGACCUAAAGACUGGUCAGACUAAGGUGAAGAGUGUGCUUGCUGAAUAUCUUGUCAAUGCAGGCAUCAAGCCUUUGUCGAUUGCGAGCUACAACCAUCUUGGCAACAAUGACGGCUACAACUUGAGCUCGCAGCGCCAGUUCCGCAGCAAGGAAAUUAGCAAGAGCAGCGUUGUUGAUGACUGCUGCGAGGCUAAUCACCUCCUGUACCGCCCUGGACAGCCGGCAAAGGAUGGGCAAGUGGCUUCGAAGGGUGAGCGUCCUGACCACUGCAUUGUUAUUAAGUACAUCCCUGCGGUGGGUGACCAAAAGGUGGCUAUGGACGACUACACCAGUGAGCUGUGUAUGGGUGGCCGGAACCGCCUCUAUGUGACAAAUCUGUGUGAGGAUUCGUUGCUGGCUAGCCCGCUCCUUAUCGAUUUGGCUAUUAUGGCUGAGCUGAUGACCCGUAUCACGUAUCGUGUGCCGGGUGAGGCGGACCAAGAGUGGAAGUCGAUGUACUCUGUGCUGAGUCUGCUAAGCUAUAGUCUCAAGGCUCCGCUGGUCAAGCCCGGCACGGAUGUGGUCAACAGCCUGAACCGCCAGCGCGCUGCUGUGACCAACUUUAUGCGUGCGUGCUUGUCGUUGGCUCCCGAGAGCGAUCUGCUCCUUGAGACGCGUCUCUGGUAA